AGUCCUAAAGGGUUUGGUUUCGCGUUUUCUAUUUACCUCACUCGUGUAUCACAUUCCGUAUUAUUGAAAGGCGGAGGGAGAGCGAUGUUAGCCAUGGGGUAAAUUUGAAGCAAAUGAACGGACUUUUACCAAUUAUUUGUCAUGUAAUCUUCAUAUUCUUCAGUUUACCUUUCAUGGAACUUUUAAACUCAUCAAACCGGUUUAUUUAUUUGCUGAUAACGUUAGUCAUUUGCGUUAGCGAGCGAGAUAACAAACUCCCACUGUAAUGAAGACAAAGACAUUUAAAAUAUAGACAAGUGUCGUUACUUCUCUAUUUCGCUUCCGAUCUGACAGUUUUCGCCUUGUUAAUCGUCAACGUUUGAUUUUGGAUUUCCGAAGAGGCCUGUAAAUGGAUCCAGCGGUUUUGCGUGAAAGUCCUGCGGGGUCUGGAGCGCCUUCGGUGGAGGAGAGGGGAGGAAAUCAGCCGGAAGAGGUGACAGAUGAUAGCAGGGAAGCUGAUGGGGAAUCCGAGGAGACAGAAAUGGAGAGAUCUAAAUGUCAAGAUGACAACUCACUGCAUGGAAAGCUGAAUGAGGAGGAAUUAGAUCCAAGAAUCCAGGAGGAACUGGAGCGUCUAAAUGAGGCCAGCGAGGAGAUCAACAAGAUGGAACUGGAACUGCAAGAGGUUCGGUCCAGCCAUAGGAGGAUAAUGAGUGAAUCUGUGCUUAAACUCAAAGCGAAAAGUUCAGAACUGGGUUCCUGCAUCGAGAAGGCCAGACCAUACUAUGAGGCCCGAAGAAAAGCAAAAGAGGCCCAGCAGGAGACCCAGAAAGCAGCACUCAGCUUUGAAAGAGCGGUGUCAAUGCACUCGGCUGCUCGAGAGAUGGUCCAUGUGGCUGAACAAGGCCUCACUGCAGUCAAGACAAUGGAUCCAACCUGGCAAGAGAUGUUGAAUCAUGCUACCUCAAAGGUGAAUGAGGCAGAGGAGGAGCGCAUCAAGAGCGAACGGGAGCACAUGCGUGUCACCCAGCUGUGUCAAGAGGCAGAAGCCCGUGUGCAGGAACUGCAGAAAUCAUUGAAGAGAUCCAUCAUCAAAUCCAAGUCUUACUUUGAGCUCAAGGCUCAGUUCAAUGACAUUCUAGAGGAACACAAGUCAAGAAUUUUACAAUUAGAGGAGCGCAUUUCCAAAGCCAAGUUAAACUACUCCAGCACCCUGCGCCACCUGGAGCAAAUCAGCGAGGAGAUUCACGCCCAGAGGGAGCAGGACCAAACAAAGAACGGACCAAUCAAAACAUGCGGUGGGCGGAGCCCUCCCGUAGGAGCAGAGACAGUCAACGACACAGGUACAGAAGGCACAGCCUGCGGAGGCUACCCGAGACCAAACGAUUGGGCGGAUAGAAAAGAGGGCGUGGCUAAUACCAGAGAGUGGGUGGAGAUGCAUCAAAACUCCAGGUGGGUGGACAUGGGAAGAGCAGAGGUGACCCGUUCGGGAUCAGACUCUCUUUCCAUCGUCAGCCUCCAGACCAUCAUCUCUGAUCUUGAAAAGUGUGACUCGGUCGAACACCUGGGCCGCCUCAGCAGUGACGUGAGUCUCUCAGGGGAAGAAGGGGAGAGAGACGGGAUGGAGAAUGUUAAAAAAACACUGCGGCAAAGAACCGCAGACAUUUCAGAGGAGUUCCUCAAACAACACAUAAGAAGUGUGAGUUUAUGAGCGCGAUGAUUAAUGCUCGUUUUAUCGUUUCUAAGCUUGUUUCUUGACUGACAGGGCAACUCAUAAUUAUUAUUUAUUGCUGAGCUUUUUAUCAGUACUUGAAAAGGAGAAAGACCAAAAGAAAAUUCUUAAUAUAUACAGUAUAUUUCUUUAAAUCAGUUUUAUGUUUGUUUGUUUUUGAAAGAGAGAGUUAAAGAUAUCCAAUCUCGUAUCUCAAAUCAAGUAAUAAAAGACUGACAAUAUUUGUAGGGGUCGCAACCUUACAGUUUGAUUAACCUGAUUGAAAAUACUACAAUAUAUUUCUACUUCAUCCUGAUCAGCACCUAAUUUUCUAUGCAAACCGUGUCUUAAUAUACACACUUUUAUUAUUAUAAUCUCUAAAGCUGACAUGAUAAAAAUAAGGUUGUUUGCUCUAUACUUUUCAAAUUUUACUGACCACUGGUGAAUUUAGUUCGCUUACUGACAGAAUCACACUAUUUAAAGGUAAAAUACCAUUGAUCACUAGCUAAUGUUAGGCCCAGUUAUUUUUUCCUAAAUAAAAAGGAUUUUAUUUUUAUUUUAAAAUUACUUCUGACUUUGAAAUAGUGCUUCACAAAAAGUGCUUUGUGCCCAAGUGACAAAUGCAUGCAUGAGGCUUGCUUUAUGUUCGUCUCGUUUGCAUUAGUGCACUCUGGUCUUUUCAUCAGAAGAAUCAUUUAUUCCGACCGAAAUGCAGAUUUAGUGCAGUUGGAGAGAUGAAGCAUUGAUGUAGGGUAUUCUCAGUGCAGGGUUUCUGAAAUACCCACUGCUGAACAUUUGAUGUUUUGCUGUUUAUGACAAUCACUUUUCUAUGUUUCAGAAUUUAUUUUCAUUUAAUGAAGUCUCAGAUGUCUUUGAAUGCUGUUUUCCUUAUUUUUAUUUGAGAGUCUGUUUAUUCAGUGUGCUUUAUACAUCUCUGCUGCUAACCCUUAGUGUGAGCACUGGAUGUUGAUAUUAUUGUCUUUAAUAGUGUUCUGUAUGAAGAUGUGCACAGUGAUGACAUUUGCGACGUCUGAUGGAACAAUAAAUAUACAUGUAUAAAUUCA